AUGAAGAUCGAAUACAGCCCUUUCAAAGGGUGUUGUAUCCACAAGCACGCGUCCUUAGCUCGCGAGGAUCCAGAUAUGGGGAACCCAGCUUUGAACGGGGUGCAUAGGCUGUCGCCCUCGGAGACGGGCUCUGAGGAAGGGCAAAAUUCGAAGGACUUGACAUGCCCGGUGGUUAAAGAGAAACCACCGGCAGACGCCUGA